AUGUCGGAAAUUCAAAUCCACCAGCAGCAGCAGUACGGCGAGAAAGCCGUCGCUGUUAAAGACACCUAUCGAGACGAUGGCGGGGAGAACGCCGCACAAUCAGGCCUGGUGACGAGAGCGCGCCAGAGUAUGUCGGAUCUGUUCACGAUUUUCGCUGCGGGGUUCGCUCUGAUCUCUGAUGGUUACCAGAAUAACUUGAUGACCAUGGCCAAUGUUCUCCUCAAAAAGGAGUAUCCUGAACAGUACAACUCGACCGUGUCCACGCGUGUGUCCAACGCGCUCUUGGUCGGUGAGGUUAUUGGCAUGCUUGUCAUUGGUUUGACCUGCGACUACCUCGGCCGGAAAUGGGCUAUUGUGAUUACGACCGUCCUGAUUGUUGUCGGCGGCAUUCUGGCCACGGCGUCGAAUGGGUAUACUAUCAACGGCAUGUUCUGGAUGAUGACUGUUGCGCGCGGGACGAUUGGAUUUGGAACCGGUGGUGAAUAUCCAGCAUCAUCCGUCUCCGCCUCCGAGGCAGCAAACGAGCGCACACUUAAACGCCGCGGUCCACUUUUCAUCUUGGUGACCAACCUGCCACUUUCGUUGGGCGGACCGUUUGCUGUCAUUGUCUUUUUGAUUGUCUUCUCGGCUUGUAACCAGGCGCACUACAGCACGGUGUGGCGUGUUUGUUUUGGUAUUGGCUGUAUCUGGCCGCUGUCUGUGUUCUAUUUCCGGAUCCGCAUGCUCAAUUCCAGCCUGUAUCGUCGCGGAGCUAUCAAGAAGAGAGUUCCGUACUGGCUUGUGAUCAAGUACUAUUGGAAGUCGCUGAUUGGGACGUGCGGUGCUUGGUUUCUUUACGACUUUGUCACUUUUCCCAACGGGGUCUUCUCCGGCAAAAUCCUCGACUCCAUCGUGAAAAACGGCUCGAUCAAGCGAACUGCCGAAUGGCAGCUCCUCCUCGGCGUCCUCAGUAUACCAGGUGUGCUGAUCGGUGCCUGGCUCUGCGACCGCAUCGGCCGCAAACAGACCAUGAUGAUUGGCUUUGGCGGCUACCUGGUCUUCGGCCUCAUCAUUGGCUGUGCCUACGACCAAAUCACCAAGAUCGUCCCUCUGUUCGUCGUGUUCUACGGCUUCAUGCAGAGUUCCGGUAACCUGGGACCGGGCGAUAUGCUUGGUCUGCUGUCUAGCGAGUCUUACGCCACCGCGGUAAGGGGUACGUGUUAUGGUAUUUCGGCUGCGUUUGGGAAAGCCGGUGGUGCCAUUGGGACGCAGGCGUUUACACCUAUUGAGGACAACUUGGGGAAGAGGUGGACGUUUAUUAUUGCGGCUAUUUGCGGUGUGGUUGGCGUGGUGGUGACGUUCUUGUUUGUCCCGAACACGUCGGGUAGUGAUCUGAAGGAGUCUGACGAGAAGUUCCGCGCUUAUCUGGUUGCGAAUGGCUGGGAUGGUGAGAUGGGUGAGGACGAUCUGAAGACGAUUGCGGAUGAGGGCAUUCCGCCGGCAGUUGUGGACGAUGUGGCUGGAUUCAAGGCGCAGUAA